CAAGAGGGAAAUCCUAUUUCAACCUAUAUCCGUUCUCUUUACUUCCAUUUAAUUUUUGUGUUGGUAAUUUUGUAGGUGAAAGGAAGAUAGUGCUACAGAAGUCGUCCAACUUAAGCCAUGCUAGACCCCCCUCAUCGAAUACCCGUCACUAGUUGCGAUUUGAUCUCAGGCUUCAUGAGCCGUUUUUAGAAAACAUUAUAACACCCCAACAAAUAUACUCAUUGCUCAAUCGUGUUGUGCCUCGCAGAACCUCUAGCUCUUCUGGGCAAUCCCCUCGUGGGACAUUUGCUUACUGAUGGAGCUUACCUAAAGUUGAGUGUCGUCACGAAGUUUUUCCAAUUCAUAGCUAUUUUGUUCAUGGUUGACCCAAGAGUUUGGCCGCGACGUCUGCGACUCAGAAGAAUUUGGUGUGUUGUGGUUGUGGAAAUCAACUCCACCCAUUUUAAACCAAUCAUUUAUGGAUUACUAUCUUUUCUACUUCUCAAAACUUAAAAUCUAGAAACAAGAGUGAAAAAGUCGAAGCAAAAGAUGUGAACACAUGGAAUCAAAAUACGCGUUCUCUUCAUAUAUCUCAACUUGUGGGCAUCUACUAUAUACCCGCCUUACUUCCACUGAAUCAAAAGGAGAUCAACCAUUUACUAGAAAAUCAAUGAAUGCCUUUGCCUGUCUUUUUGUAUACUUUUUAUUAUUCUCCCUCUUAGAAACCUCCAUUCCGCUGGGUAGUCUCACUCCAAGUCGAUCAAUCAGAGACGGCGACACUUUAGGUUCAACUGAUGGAAGAUUUGCAUUGGGAUUUUUCAGCCCACGUAGUUCAAAGAGCCGAUACGUGGGAAUAUGGUACGUGAUAUCUUCUGGGACAGUUGUGUGGGUGGCUAACAGAAACACUCCUCUUAAAGAUCACUCCGGAGUUCUAACGGUCACCAAUGAAGGUGUUCUUGCCCUUCUCAAUGGCACACAUAAUAUUAUUUGGUCAACUAAUACAUCAAGAACAGUAGAAAAUCCAGUUGCACAGCUCUUGGAUACCGGAAAUCUCGUUGUGAAGGAUGGAAAUAUCGAUGGCCCAGAUAGAUUUUUUGUGGCAGAGUUUUGAUUAUCUUUGUGACACAUUCCUACCGGAAAUGAAGCUUGGAAGGAACUUAAUUACUGGUCUUGAUUGGUUCAUAUCAUCUAGUAAGAGCACGGAAGAUCCUGCUCGAGGUUAUUUUACACUACGGUUAGAUCCUCGUGGGCUUCCAUAAGGGGUUAUUAUGAAGGGGAAUACCAUUAGGGCUAGAGCGGGGUCAUGGAACGGUCUGAGUCUUACAGGACGUUCGGGGUUAAAUCCGAAUCCAGUGUUAGAUUAUAAAUUCGUGAUGAAUAAGAACGAGGUCUACUAUAAGUUCAAACCCG